UUAACUCACCAUCGGUGAACGGUGUCGGUCUAGCGUCAACGGACACUUUUGGAAUUGUCGAUUGUGAGAUAGUCCCGGCAAAUGGGGACUUAUCUUGCACAUUUUCGUUUGAAGCGUAUGUGCUUCCUAAGAUCUGCCCUGAUAUGCCAUUGGAGCCACUUAAUGUGUCGUCCUGGAUGCAUCUAAAGGAUUUAGAUCUCGCUGAUCCAUAUUUUCAUAAGUCUGGACCAAUAGACAUGUUGGUUAGUGUCAACCUUUUUGCUGCGGCAUUACAGUCUGGUGUUGUCAAGGGCAACCCAGAUGAGCCCAUAGCCGUCCGCACGGUGUUUGGCUGGUUGGUGAUGGGUGAGUGCCCUAGAGACAUUAACACUUCUCGUUCUCGUUGUUCUAAGGGGUCCGGAGGUGAUAUGGAGAGGUGUUUUCUCGUGUCGAGUCUUUCAUUAGACAACAGCAUCAAGCGCUUCUGGGAGUUGGAAGGCUUUGAUCUGCCUAAAAAUAUCGUUUUGUCGAAAUCGGAAUUGUCGUGUGAAAACCAAAUGGAAAAUUCAUAUUGUCGCAGUCCCGGGGGAAGGAUGGUAGUACCAUUAACUUAUGUCGACCCUCAGGACAAACCAAGGUUUUCAAAUUCUCGUGAGAUAGCUCUCAAGCGUCUCUUAAAUUUAGAGAGGAAAUUUAAAUUAAAUCCUCAAUUUCGGACAGCUUAUGUCAAUUUCAUGGACGACUACUUAAGUUGUGGUCACAUGGAAGAGGUUGGUCCUCCAGUGGCGUCUGAGGGUCAGUUCUAUUACAUACCUCACCAUGGAAUUUUGCGGCCAGACUCCGUCACUACGCCUCUGCGUUGCGUUUUUGACGCUAGCGCCCGAGACUCUUCGGGGCAGUCCUUGAAUAGUGCGCUGCUGCCCGGCCCAAAAUUGCAAAAUAAUAUAUUUGAUUUGCUGGUUCGUUUUCGAUGGCAUGCAGUAGUGUUCACCGGGGACAUCAAGCAGAUGUACCGGCAGUUUCUUGUCGCUUUACAGGACUGCGACUAUCAACGCAUUUUAUGGCGUCCAUCAUCUGAUGAGCCUGUGAAAGAUUAUCGUUUGCUCACAGUGACCUAUGGCGUGUCCUGUGCUCCCUAUCAGGCGCUUUGGUGUAUAUCCAAGCUAGCAAAGGAGUUUUCGUCUCGCUCUCCCCAAGGUGCUGCAGUAUUGGCUAGGGAUGCAUAUGUCGAUGACAUUGUCUCAGGUGCAGACUCUGUUGAGGAUGCGUUAGUGCUACGCCAACAGUUGGUGGAAAUAUUAUCGUCUGCGCAACUUCAUUUGCGCAAAUGGACAUCAAAUAACCCCGAGUUUCUAAAAGGUUUACCUGGUUCAGAACUAUAUUCGGAACAACUUCACAACUUUGAAAACGUUCAUGAUCUGUCGCUAAAAACUCACGGCGUCUAAUAUGUCUAUGAUCGAUGACAUAUUAAAUCGAUUUUCGUCCCUACAACGCAUAUUGCGCAUUCUUGCCUAUUGUUUUAGGUUCAUGCACAACUUACAAAUGUCAUCUUCGAGAUAUACAGAUUUGAAUCUGUCACCAGAAGAAAUUUCUAAGGUUCUUCUUUUUCUAGUAAAGCAUGUUCAGGAGCAAGCCUUUGCUUCGGAAUUGCAUUGUUUAUCGAAAGAUAAAGCCACUCACUCCCUAUCGAAACCCAUGCGGAAAUUGGCGCCGUUUCUGGACGACCGUGAAUUGCUAAGGGUGGGCGGUCGCCUUUCUAAAGGAGACCUGUCGUUCGAUGUGAAACAUCCACUACUAUUGCCUCGCGAUCAUAGGUUGACCACGCUGAUCAUAGAGGAUUAUCAUUACCGUUUUAUGCACCCUGGAUUGCAAACAUUGCAAAACUUAUUAGCCCAAGAAUUCUGGGUUCUAUCGGCAAAAAGGGCUAUAAACUCUGUUGUUUCAUCCUGCAUGAAAUGUUUUCGGGCUCGUCUUACUUUGGAACCGCUCACCAUAUUACCUGAAAGCAAUAUGGUUGAUGCAAAAUUAGGUCCACUUCAGAGAUGGAAAUUGCUCCAAAAGAUCCAUCAAGAUUUCUGGCGCAAGUGGCACGUCGAAUACCUGCACACCUUGCAGCAACGCCACAAGUGGUUCGAUGACCAGAAAAACAUCAUCGUCGGGACGCUCGUGCUCAUUGUCAAUGAGCAAUGUAGCCCCAUGAAGUGGAAGAUUGGCCGGGUGGUACAACUCCAUCCAGGGAGCGAUGGGAUCUGUCGAGUAGUCACGGUCCGCACAGAAUCGGGCGAACUUAAACGCCCAGUAGUUAAACUGUGUCCACUGCCUCUACAAAAUUAAAUUAUCUAAUAAUUCACUAUCGUAUCGUAUCAUUGUAAGCACUAACUUUAUCGUAGAUUUAGAUUAAAUUUCAUAUUUAAACGUAUGUAAACUUAAACUAGGGAAUUAACCCAAGCCAUAUUGUUCCUUUUUUUCUUAUCCUUAGCAUACAGUACUUGUGGAAAAUACGUUGCAUUUUGGCGGGCGGAAAAUGUUAAGGAUUGUAGCUUAAAAAUAUAUUAAAAAUAAUUUCGCCUGGCAACAUUAUGCAAAAAAGUAAAAAAAAAAUAUAACCGUCGAUUCACUUUUUUUUUUCCCAUGUCGUCUCGAGGAGCAUGUCGCGCUAACCUUUUCGAAAUUAAAGUAAAAUAUAAUAUACUCGUGAAAAUUCGUGUGUGAGUUUGUGGAAGGCUGAUCGAUUGAAGAAGCACGUCGCCUGUUCCAUUUUCGGUGUCUGAGCUGGUUAAGGUAACUCGGAUUCAAGGUAAGUCUGGACAAGCCGAGAUUCGAGGAGCCUGGCCAGCCACCGCCGACUGCUGCAUCGUCGCCUACAGCCGAACAAGGUGAGUGCUUCCCACAAUUGACCCAGCCUAUCUUAAAUUCCCUAAUUUCUUGUCGUGUCGUUCGUGUCGUUAAGCUAUAAAAUUAAUCGAAUACAGUCCACAUAUAUAAUUUAAAGAUAUCGAAGUAAAAUAAUCC